AUUAACCUUUCUGGAAAAGGCAGCUGGCAGUUCUCCGAGGUUUGUCAUUAGAAUGUGAGAAGAGCCACACAGAUAUUACACAGGCUGUUCAAAGGAGUUUGAUUUACUUUGAGAGCUACUGCUCCAUUUUAGUGUGGCAGAAAAAUGAGAUUUCAACAAUUACUUUUUGUAUUUUUAAUUGUUAUGAUGAGUCUUCUUCUUAUCCAUGGACAGAGACCAGCUAAUUUGGCAAUGAGAAGAAAACUGCACAGACUCAGCUGCCAUCAGAGGAGAUGUAUGCCUCUCCAUUCACGAGUGCCCUUCCCCUGAGAUCUUCUUUUACUGACUUCACCCUGUCUGCCAGAAGAAGAGGAUUGAAGGAAAAAUACCCACCCACACAAUCGUGUGCUUGCUUGUUCCUAUAUGAAAAGGAAUCCUUUGAAAGGACCUGGGAUGUCUUAUUAGUUUCAUAAGAUUCUCUUCUUCUGUUUUCUUUUUAGAGGGAAAAUAACAUGAAUUGAAAAGCAAUUACAGUCUGAAGCGCAGUUAUUACCUGCAUAAAAAAAUCUCUCAUCUUUUCUGCACAUUAUAAUUCUUACAUGGGUUAGCAAGAAAAAUACUUUGUAAUGUCUUUGGACUUUUGAAUAGUAAAAAGUGCAAGAAGAUAAAAUUUGGCUUUCAUAGUCCUAUAAUCCUCAAAAAUAUUAAAAUAAUGUUGUAUAUGUUUGAAUGAUUAUUUUUAAAAAUGCUAAAUCUGGAAUCAAUUUCAAAGACUAUUUGGCUUUGCAGAAGAGAAAAUAAUUGGUUCAUUAGUUACUUAUAGAAAAAGACUAAGAAAGAAGCUAUUAAUUGCUACCAGUUUUAUAUUAUAGCCUUUAAUGUUUAUGAAAGAAUUUUUAUUUUGAAAAAUAUUCACUUAAAGUUGUAAAAGGACGUUUGAAAUACUGAUUAUAGCUCAUUUUAUUUUAAAACGGAAAUGUUCAUUUCUGAAUCUUUUUCUCAUCAUGUAAUUACAAGAAGCCAGUGUUUGAUUUCCUUUGAAGUUCUGUUUAUUGUCCUUGAUUCACUUGUAUACCAGUAGUUUCUUAAAAGGCUCACUUAAAGUUGACAUUUAAAAUAUAGUUAUGCCGCCAAAACCGGUUUGGCUCAGUGGAUAGAGCGUCGGCCUGCGGACUGAAAGGUCCCAGGUUCGAUUCCGGCCAAGG